AUGGGUUCCAUGCCUGUGGAGCAGCAAGCCAGCUUUGAUGUUGAGGAUGCUCUUUCACAACUGGAUGUCUCCGAGAAGAUCGCACUCUUGUCCGGCAUUGACUUUUGGCACACUGCUCCUGUUCACAGACUUGGAAUCCCCUCCAUCCGGCUCUCUGAUGGACCAAACGGUGUCCGAGGAACCCGUUUCUGGAAUGGAGUCCCGGCCGCGUGCCUCCCUUGCGGGACGGGACUCGCCGCAACUUGGGACAUAAACCUUAUCAAAAAGGGAGGCGCUCUGCAGGGAGCAGAAGCCUUGGCCAAAGGUGCUUCGGUCAUUUUAGGGCCAACCACGAACAUGCAGAGAUCUCCGUUGGGCGGCCGUGGUUUCGAAAGCUUCAGUGAGGAUCCCUACCUUGCUGGAGCCAUGAGUGCCGCGACCAUCAAUGGUAUCCAGUCCACCGGCGUUGCUGCAACCAUCAAGCAUUACGUUUGCAAUGACCAGGAGGAUCAGAGGCAAGCCGUCGACAGCGUUUUGACCGAACGAGCACUCCGAGAAAUUUACCUCAUGCCGUUCAUGAUAGCACAGCGGGACUCCCAGCCGUGGUGCUAUAUGACCGCUUACAAUAAGGUCAACGGCACUCAUGCGGCUGAGCAUCCAAGACUUCUGAGAGAUAUUCUCCGCGGAGAAUGGGGCUUCGAUGGCCUGGUGAUGAGCGACUGGUUUGGAACUUACUCGACCACCGAGUCCAUUAGAGCAGGUCUGGAUCUGGAAAUGCCAGGCCCAUCCUACAUUCGGGGAAAACUUGUUACCCAAGCCCUGGGUUGUGGGAAACUCAACAUACAUGAUGUUGAUGAAAGGGUGCGGGAGGUCUUGAAGCUCGUCAAAAAGGUGGAGCCCCUGGGAAUCCCGGAAAAUGCCACCGAAACAACGGUGAACACUCCCCAGACAGCGGCUCUGCUUCGGGAAAUGUCGGCCAGUGGCAUCGUCUUGAUGAAAAAUGAGAAGAAUAUCCUGCCUUUCGACAAGGCAAAGACGACGGCCGUUAUUGGACCGAAUGCUGCGUACGCUGCCUAUUGCGGAGGUGGAUCUGCUUCCCUUCUACCGUACUAUGCCGUCAGCCCUCUCGAGGGUGUUCGAGCUCAAGUGCCGCACGCCAAAUACGAGCUUGGUGCUCCUGGCUGGAAACUCCUUCCCCUCAUGACCCGAAUGACCAAAAAUUCGAAGAAUCAGGACGGCUUGACUAUGAAAGUCUUCCUAGACCCGCCUUCGGUACGAGAUCGCAGGCCAGUUGAUGAGGUGCACGUGCCUUACUCCGAUAUACUGCUUGUUGACUACAAACACCCCCUGGUCAAGACCUACCUUUACUGGCUUGAAUUAGAGGGUACUUUCACGCCUCAAGAGUCGGCCGAAUAUGAAUUUAGUCUCAGUUGUGCAGGCACCGGCAAGAUCUUUGUCAAUGGAGAAUGCGUGGUCGACAACGAGACACAUCAACGACCAGGUGAUUCGUUCUUCGGCGCCGGAACUGCGGAGGAGACGGGAUCUCUCAACUUGGAGAAAGAUGUCACAUACGACAUCAAGGUCACUUUUGGCACUUUUCCCACCAUCAAGUUCAUGAGCCCCGGAACUACGGGCUUCGGGGCCGGUGGACUCCGAGUCGGAAUGGAGCGUAAAGCAUCAAUCGAGACGGAAAUUGUGAGAGCCGUCAAGCUUGCCAAAGAGGUGGAUCAAGUCAUCCUCUGUGCCGGCCUUAACAAGGACUGGGAGUCGGAAGGUUACGACCGUGAACAUAUGGAUCUCCCACCGGGUAGUGACGACUUGAUCAGGGCAGUUCUGGCUGCCAACCCGAACACUGCAAUUGUUAUUCAGUCUGGAACUCCCGUGACCAUGCCUUGGUUGAAAGAAGCUCCUGCUCUCCUGCAAGCAUGGUAUGGAGGCAAUGAAACGGGCAACGCGAUUGCGGAUGUUGUCUUUGGCGGAACAAAUCCAAGCGGCAAAUUACCACUGACUUUCCCGAUUCGAAAUGAAGACAAUCCUGCCUUCCUGAACUACAAGUCGGAGAGGAAUCGUGCCCUCUACGGUGAAGACGUUUAUAUCGGCUAUCGAUUCUACGAAAAGACCGGGAAAGAGGUUGCCUUUCCUUUCGGUCACGGACUCAGCUAUUCUUCCUUCGACAUCAAAGAUGUGUCGGUGCUUGACAAUGAUGUCGAGUUGAUUGUCUCGGCAUCUGUAACCAACACUGGCACGGUCGACGGCGCCGAAGUAGUCCAGGUAUAUGUCUCGCAGCACCAACCAAGCAUCAACCGGCCAAAGAAGGAGUUGAAGGGGUUCUCCAAAGUUUUUGUCAAGGCGGGAGACACCCAGAGGGUGGACAUUGUCAUUGCGAAGAAAUACGCUGCGAGCUUCUGGGACGAGUCACGGAACGCUUGGGUAAUGGAAAAGGACGUAUACGACAUUCUGGUCGGUGCCUCGAGCGCGUCGACGCCCUUGAAGGCUAAGUUUCAAGUACACCAAACCUCGUGGUGGAAGGGAUUGUAG